AGACCACAAGGUGGCGGUAACAACACAUACUGGAACACCAAGCAGACAAAACUUGAAAACAUCACGUCUACACGUGUUUAUUGCGGAUCCAUGCAGCGUUUUUUAGGCUGAGUUUUCGCAUCUUUGGAGUGAGAAGACUUUGGGAAGUCAUGCCUGGGAAGACAACGAACCGGAAGCGUAAGGGAGAGCCGAUGAAAAGCCCGGAGAACCGCUCAGCAGCCCGGGAUGCAGAGAGCGGAGGAGCGGGAAGAGGAGCGGGAAGAGGAGCGGGCUGGCUGCGGGACAAAGUGCAGGAGAUCCGGGGAAACUCGGCCGGGUGUAAACUCAACACGAAGCGGCUCCGGUUUCUGUCUGACGCCCAGAAAGUGAGACAGCGCUGCGGGGCGGUGCUUUACUGGAUGUUCCGGGAUCAGAGAGUGCAAGAUAACUGGGCGCUGGUUUACGCUCAGCAGCUCGCUCUGGAAGAGAACUUGCCCCUGCACGUGUGUUUCUGCCUCGUCCCGCGGUAUCUAGACUCGACUUACCGCCAGUACGCCUUCAUGCUCCGGGGACUGCAGGAGGUGGCCAAGGAGUGUUCAGGCCUGGACAUUCAGUUCCACCUCCUGCGCGGCGAGCCUGAGCUGACGCUGCCUGGUUUUGUGAAACACUGGGACGUCGGCGCCGUUGUGACCGAUUUCAACCCCCUCAGACUUCCGUUGCAGUGGAUCGAACGUGUGAAAAAGGAGCUUCCGGCCGACGUCCCCUUCGUUCAGGUCGACGCCCAUAACCUGGUGCCGUGCUGGGAGGCAUCUGAUAAACUGGAGUACGCAGCGAGAACCAUUCGUGGGAAGAUCACCAAGCUCCUCCCGGAGUUCCUCACCGAGUUUCCUCCAGUGCUUACACACCCUCAUGUGUCCACCAAAACGGCAAAGAAGGUGGAUUGGGAGGAAGUGAUGUCAUCACUGGAGGUAGACCGCAGUGUCGGCGAGGUGUCGUGGGCGCAGCCAGGGGCAGCCGGAGGCAUCGCCAUGCUCGAGUCCUUUAUAGACGAACGGUUGCGUCUUUUUGCCACGGAGCGGAACAACCCGAACGCCGAUGCACUCAGCCACCUCUCGCCGUGGAUCCACUCAGGUCAGAUAUCGGCUCAGCGCGUGCUGUUGGAGGUGAAGCGUUGGGGGAAACGCUUGACCGAGUCCGUGGCCUCCUUCACUGAGGAGCUGGUGGUGCGCAGAGAGCUGGCCGAUAACUUCUGCUUCUACAACGACAACUACGACAACCUUAACGGUGCGUAUGAUUGGGCGAAGAAGACGCUGCAAGAUCACGCUAAAGACCCUCGUCCUCACCUGUACACGCGAGAACAGCUGGAAAACGCACGUACAUAUGACCAGCUGUGGAACGCCGCACAGAGGCAGCUCUUGCAAGAGGGAAGGAUGCACGGUUUUAUGCGCAUGUACUGGGCUAAGAAGAUCCUGGAGUGGACGUCUUCACCCGAGGAGGCGGUGAACAUCUCCAUCUACCUUAACGACCGCUACGCGCUGGACGGCUGCGACCCGAACGGAUACGUGGGCUGCAUGUGGUCCACCUGUGGGAUUCACGAUCAGGGUUGGGCCGAGCGCCCCGUUUUUGGUAAAGUGCGCUACAUGAACUACGCAGGCUGUAAGCGCAAGUUUGACGUGGGCCAGUUCGAGAGGAGGUACCCUGAGAAGAAGGCCUGAGCUACAGUUGUAACUCACACUCGGAGCUGUACUCAACCCCACCUGAAUCAUGAUGCAGUCUGUCAUUCUGACACUUUUAGAGUUUUAUGAGUCUCGGCAUUCUGUUAAACCUGGCAGGGUGUGUGUAUUUGUAAAAAAAAAAACCCUGCAUUUGGUUAAAUACCAGAAAAAAGAUUAGCGUUAAUUCCUGUAGAAAGAAAAAUCCUGGUAUAUUUGACUACUUUUGUCUUAAAAAAAAUAAAUAAAUAAAUA